CAGUACAGGAAAGACCUGUAGCAUGUUAAGUGAACGCAGCCAGUUGUGACUUAGUUGAUAAACGUGGCCAAGAAUGAGCUAUGAAGUCCAUCCAAAGCCUGCUUGAGGAAAUUCUGUCUCAGUCCCGUCACAAGCAGAAAAAUCACUGAUGACUUUCUCAAAGGUUGAUCAUGGUUAAGGCAAAAGGCUUUAUCGUUUGCAGAAGAAAGCUCUAAGACAAGAAAAUGGAUUACACCAGUCAGGAUUCUGUCCCACAAUAUAUAGAGUCCUCUCAUUUGCAAGGAAAUGACGAUUCAGACCUUUUCUUUACGAGUCCUGAGGGAAUUGAUUCCAAUGCUUUGCCCACAUAUUUCUCUCGAAUGCCUGAAUCUUACAGACACUCUCCAGUGUGGCAAUUAUACCCUCUUCUCAAUGGUUUGCAAUGGGGGGAAAGCCAUCCCUACAGCACAGCAGCCUGGGUGUCCAAUCCCUCUGGGAAAAACCACACUGGACUUCCUAUCUACACCUCUGCCACGUCCUCCUACCACACCCUGCAUUCACCACCCUCUCCCAAGGACCUUUCCCCCGAUGGCAAGAGCAGCCCCAGGUAUCUGGAGAUGUUGAAGACAGAACGGAUCAGCCCCACUCAUGCUGAACUGCUGCCCCUCGGGACCUCAACUGGCAUGGCCCUAAGUCCUUACACUAUGGGACAGGAGUAUGGAUAUUUCCCGAUGCCUGGAAGCCCCCUGACAGCUGGAUAUUCCCCCAAACUCCGAGGGACAAUGCAGCUCUCCCCCAGUGAGGCACGUGAGUGUGUGAAUUGUGGAGCUACAGCCACCCCACUGUGGAGGAGAGAUGGCACUGGGCACUAUCUUUGCAAUGCCUGUGGGCUCUAUCACAAGAUGAAUGGUCAGAACCGGCCCCUCAUUCGGCCCAAGAAACGCCUGAUUGUCAGCAAGCGAGCUGGAACCCAGUGUAGUAAUUGCCAAACGACUACCACAACUCUUUGGCGCCGUAACAUGAAUGGAGAACCCGUAUGCAAUGCCUGUGGCCUCUAUUACAAACUGCACAAUGUGAAUCGUCCCUUGGCAAUGCGCAAGGACGGGAUUCAAACACGGAACCGCAAGGUCUCCUCCACCAAAUCCAAAAAGCGCAAAGGGAAUUCUGGGGAAACCACAAUCCCUGCAAACACCCCCUUGGAAAUGAUGCCCUCUUCCUUGAUGGGGGAAGAAGCUGCUGCCCUCUAUCCUCUCAGCCCCAUGAUGCUACCAGGACACCUGCUCCCCUUUGGAGCCAAUCCUCAUUUUUUAGGAUCUCCAACAAGUUUUCCUCCACAGGCUUCCCCCAUCCCACAUGGUUCCCUAGGUGUGGUCUCCGCUCUGGUGUAAACAGCCUUGUAGCCUGUGCAUGCACACACACACUUUUAUGUAGAGACUUUGGGAAACACAGGGAGGGAGAAGAGUCUCCUAAAACAAGGAUAGCCUUUCGGCAUAGCUCCAUUAACAGUUUACACCCCUUGAAAAUGGUCCCUGGGGGUGAGAACUGAGAUCCCUCCAGGUUAUCAGAGCAGAGAGAAAGUAACAGUGGGGUAAUUCAUAUAAAUAAUGGAAGAACUGGUGAGGAAGGGGAAAAACUGUUUUCUGUGAAGGGAUCCUUUUGAAGGGCCAGGAUGGAAUGUGGAAAGCCGGGGAGAAAACAAUUGCUGACUAUACAAAAAAAAAAAAAAAA